AUGGCCUCGCGACUGUACCGCAUCUCGCCGACGGCCUUCUUCUACGGCCAGCUCGUCUUCUGGCUGUGGAACUCGGUCAACGACCCGCUCUUUGCCUGGUUUAGCGACAAGGCCAUCCUGACCACCGCCGCAGCAGCCGCAGGCGCAGGGACAAGCGAUGCCACGAAUAGUAGCACGGGCCAUCCGAAUGCAAGUCUCAAGAAUGGCUCCACCGCGGCCGCGGCCGUGCGAAUCUCGCUCGCGACGCUCCAGCGCCGACUGCGCGCACUCACUCUCGCAGGUCCGCUCAUGUCGCUGUGCUUCCUGUCGUUCUGGUUUCGAUGGACGGAAUCCAUCCCCAUCCACUUUGUCGUUAGCCUGUGCGCGUACGAUGGCUUCCUGACGUUCGUGGACUUGCAGCACCAAGCACUCAUGGCCGAUCUCGUCGUCACCGUGCACGACCGCGUCGAGCUCAGUCGCUACAGCUCCAUCGGGAGUCUCAUUGGCUGCGUCUCCGUGUUUGUCUCGUACGCCGUCUGGAAUGCCACCAAUCUCGCCCAGUUUCAGCUCUUUUGCACGCUGCUCUCCGUUCUGUCGGCAAUUGCGUUCGUCCUGUCCGGUGCAGGCCUGCUGCGGCUGGUCACGCAACGGUCUGCUGCAAAGACAGCAUCGUCGAUGCAGCGUGUGACAGUGUCGCAUGACUCUGCCGAUGCCGGCCACGCAACCAACGGCAUCCUUCCCACGCCGGAGCAUUCGUCUCACCAUUCCGUCCAGCCACAGCCCACGCCAGUGUCGUUUCUCCAAUUCUUGCGGCAAAUGCUUGGCUAUCGCAACUUUCUUUCGUUCACGGUGGUCAGUCUCGUGCAGACAUUCCACUGCCACUUCAACUCGAAUUUCUUCCCGCUGUUCUUGCACUACCUGCUCCGAGACGUCGUCUCCCCCGCGACAGCCAGCAUCCUAUUGGGCAUUUCGUUUGUCCUGCCGCAUCUCAACAACCUCUACUUUAGCAGCCUGUCCGAGCGCAUCGGGGUGUACCGCGUCGUUCGCGGAUUGCUGGCCGCCAAGCUCGUCAUUGCCGGUGCGCUCGUCCUGUUUGGUACGAGUAGUCAGAUGCUUUUAACGCUCUUCAUUCUGAGCAAUCGGAUCUUUUCCGAGGGCACGUGCAAGCUGCUUGGCCUCGUGACGAGCGACCUCGUGGAUGAGGACUACAUUGUCCACCAUCGCGACCAGGCCGUCUCUGCCCUGGUAUUUGGCACAACCAACCUUGUCUCCAAGGCAGGCCAGAGCCUUGCGCCAGUGCUCGGCACGUGGUUUCUCAUCGGGCAAGCUGCCUCGGCCGCUGCCAACUCUGGAGCUGCGCCGAUCCAAAGUCAUCUUGUCGGCGGUGUGAUUGGCGCGGUUGCCGAAGAAGGCUCCAUUCUUGCCAGCAUUGAGAGCUUUAGUCCCCAACACGCGCAGCAGGUCAUGCUUGGCAUGCUCGUUGCCGUCCCUGUCGUCUGCGCCUGCAUCCAACUGGCUGCCUGGCAUUACUUUACCCUGCAUGGCGCUCAACUGCAGUAUGUCAAGACUGCCAUUUCCGCACGCGAGGGAUCCGGGCAUGCGCAAGCCUAA